UUUAUAGAACCAGCAGGAGGUUGGAUUGGAUCUUCUCUGGUCUGACCCCAUAUAAAUCUCUUGUUGGCCCUUUCAAAUCAACAAAAAGUUUAAAUAAGCUCAGUGAUCUUACAAAGCUUAAACUUCCCAGGGACAUCAUUGCACAACAGCGAGAUACUUCGCUUCCCAAAAGUUUCUUCCCAGAGAAUCAUCCAUUGGACUUGGAUCUUCUCUGGUCUGACCCUAAUGUGCAAUGUUCAAGACAAGAAACGCAAGCCAACUGAGAAAAGACAUUCAGGCAGACAUUAUUAUCUUCCGUCCUGCUACAAAAGAAACUAAAGAAAAGAAAAAAUUCAUCGAGGAGUUUGAGAAUUUCCCAGAAGCUGAGGAGGAUGAGGAAACUCAACUUGAGAUACUUGGAAAGAUGCCAAUGGGGGAAGAAAAUAAGUGAGUCGAUGCAAGACUGAUUGUGUUAAAAUGCAAAACAGGAUUUGUUUCCUGUUUCUUCAUUGAUUGGUGUAUUUUUAUUCCUUUCGUCCGCGAAAAUUUUUUUAUUUCGCUCCGAAACGAAACGAAAUUUCGGUCAUCCCUGGUACGUAUCUUGAAUAUUCAAUUGGUGAUGAAGUUACAAUCUAUACACAUAAUGGUUUUAAUCAAUACAAAACAAAUGUAAUAUAUGUGUCGAGACGUUUUGAUUUUGUUAUUCUGAAAUCAAAUAAAAAUGUCCUUAAAAUUA